AUGUCACUUAAGGUUCAGAACUACACUUGUCCUUUAUCAACUGGCAUCAGUUGUCUGAGUAAAACUUUACCUCAGAAGGUCGUCUCUGAUUCAAUGAGCUUUCAGUUGAGCAAUACAAAAUCUAAGACCCAGAAUACUGGGUUCCAUAAUUUGGAGAGGAAAAUACUAUUGAAGAUAUUUUGUAAUCUUAAUGAGCGACAACUAAUGUUUUCUGUCUGUGGAGUUUGCCGGCAUUGGUAUACUGUUGCACCUGAGGAAAUAGAGACCGUCAAGAUGUGUAAUUUUUUAUGGAAAAGUCCAAAAUUGGAAAAACUCUCCUUAAAUGAUAUGAAAAAUCCUACAACCGUGAUCAGGCAAAUGUGUAGAUGCAAUCGCUCUGUAAAACAUUUAGCUAUCAAAAACUGCUGUGGAGAACAAAAUGAAAAAAUACCUGAGGACGUUCUGAGAAACAUUUUACACUCUUGCAGAAAUUUAGAGUCUCUGAAUUUGAAGGGCACGCAGUUCUCUUCUGUAAGGUGUUUAUUAGUUUGUAGGAAGUUUUACCACGAGUUAGCAAAUUUGCCAAGACUUCGGAAAUUGAAUCUUAGUCACAAUAAAUAUUUGAAUGCUAAACACCUAAUGGCUAUAGCUUUGAACUGUCGUAAUCUUGAAGAUAUAUCACUUACUAGAGCACCAAACAGUCCAAACACACUUCAGGUCUCUGACCAAGAUACAGUCUUCUUUUUUAAAAAAUUAUCUAACUCUUUGAAGUGUGUUGAUUUUGAUACCACAGGACUGACUGCUCCUUCUUUCCAGGCCAUAUUGAGCUGCCCUAAUCUAGAGCGGUUGAGUCUUCGCCACGCUUCAUUCCUUUCUGGUGAAAUAUUUUGCAACAAGCUCAUAAAGCUACGCAAUUUGAAGCAACUACGUUUAACUCACGCUUAUCAAUUGAUUUCCGACCAUUUCAUACUUCUCAGCAGAGCCCGUACUUUUGAUCAAUUGAAUCUUCUUGAUCUUUCUGGUUGCAUGAGAAUUAAUGAUUGUGGUCUUAGAUGUGUGUUGCAGCAUUGUAAAGAUAAGCUCACUCAUCUUAGCUUGCAGUCAUGCAAGUCAAUGACUGAUCUCAACUUUGUAUUUGAUAAUUGCUCUAAAUUAGUGUAUCUGAAUAUUGCCCAUAUUUUCAGUCCAGAUCCAAUGUGCUUCAAGACUUUAUUUCCAAUAGUUCCAAAAUUGAAAAUACUUAUUGUAGACACUAAGAUAUUGCCUGAUUCUGACUUGAUGAGGCUUCACACCCAUGUGCCCAAGUUAAAAUUAAUACGUUCCAUGUCAGAGUUUCAUGAGGAUGAACUACCGGUCUAUUUGGCAAAGACAAUGACUAUUUCUCACCCCAUAUGA